UAUUUUUUGACGAUGUGCCAUAGAAAUACAGCAGUACCAUGGUAUGUAUGUAUGUAUUUUAUUGGUAGGCCUAUUUACCAUGUAAAUACAGUCAUACCAGUAUUAUUGGUAAUCAAAUAUUAUUGCUGGAUACAAAACUUUUCUGUAAGUUCCCUCAAGAAGUAUCAUGUUAAUACCAAGGCAUUAACAAGUUGUUAAUACCGCUUCAUGGUGUUCUUGUUUAAUCAUUCAGUAAGUUUGAACUCUAUUGCUAUCUGACAGCGUCAGUACUUUUUGUUAGACUGUACAACAAUAACGUGAAGCCAGCUCUCUUCUUGAGUGUGGCUUUAUAUGAUUCUAGAGAGUUUUUUAUUUUUAUUUAUUUUUUUGUGAUUCUAGAGAGUUCAAGGUUGUUGCGGCUCUUCCGAUGACGUCAUCGCGCACCGACCGACGUCCGUAAUGGACUUGCAGCUGUUCUCUGACAAACAAUAACAAGAGCAGCGAGCGAGCGAGCGAGCGAAAGAACGGCGGCGGCUUCCGUGUCUGUAAUCGCGCUGAUAUCGAGCUUGUGAGGCGUCUCGACUCUGACAUUGCCGGCGAGGAAACUCUGGCCUCCGCUGCCUCCUCCUCCGACUCGGAAACCGGCGGAGCUUCGCCGCCCCCGCGGAAGAAAAGCCGAGGCUCGGCGGCGGAGGGAGCAGGAGAGAGCGGGGCGUCUGCUGCCGGGAUCACGGGCCUCUCUGCGGCGUCUCUCCCAACCCCCCACCAGCGCUCGGCCAUCCGUCUCCAUAACAGCUCGCAGUCGCGCAGAUCCGCCACUGUAAACGCGUUUUAUAAGAUGCAGGCCAACGGGACAGGAGGACAAGAGCCGGAGCCGGAGCCGGAGCCGCAGCUGCCCUGCAGGAACGGAGAGUCCUCGUCCUCCGCCGCGGAAGCUGUGCACUCCAACGGGCUGCUGUCCUCCGCGAAUAACGGGCUGCCGUCCACCGAGAGCCCGGCGUCAGACACCAGCAUGAAGAAGAAGAAACGACUGUCCCAGAGCGACGAGGAUGUGAUCCGGCUCAUAGGACAACAUCUCCACGGGUUAGGACUCAAUCAAACAGUGGACCUGUUGAUGCAGGAAUCAGGCUGUAGACUUGAGCAUCCUGCUGCUACCAAGUUCAGGAAUCAUGUGAUGGAGGGAGAAUGGGAAAAGGCUGAGAGUGACCUCAACGAGCUGAAAGCACUGAUGCAUUCACCCAGCGCUGUGGUGCGGAUGAAGUUCCUGCUCCUGCAGCAGAAGUAUCUGGAGUAUCUGGAGGACGGAAAGGUUCUAGAAGCGCUGCAGGUGCUCCGAGCCGAACUCACGCCCCUGAAGUACAACACUGAACGCAGCCACGUCCUCAGCGGGUACCUGAUGUGCAGUCAUCCUGAUGACCUGCGUGCUAAAGCUGAAUGGGAAGGGAAAGGGACGGCCGCACGAUCCAAACUCCUCGACAAGCUGCAGACGUACCUGCCUCCGUCUGUGAUGCUGCCGCCCCGUCGUCUGCAGGCGCUCUUGCGUCAGGCCGUGGAGCUUCAGAGAGAUCGCUGUCUCUAUCACAACACCAAACUGGACAGCGGACUGGACAACAUGUCUCUGCUCAUAGACCACGUGUGCAGCAGGAAGCAGUUCCCCUGCUACACCCAGCAGAUCUUGACAGAGCACUGCAAUGAAGUCUGGUUCUGUAAGUUCUCCAACGACGGCACCAAACUGGCCUCGGGAUCCAAAGACACAACAGUCAUUAUAUGGCAGGUUGACCCUGACUCUCACCAGCUCAAGCAGCUGAAGACGUUGGAGGGUCAUGCCUAUGGGGUUUCGUAUCUGGCCUGGAACCCCGACGACACGUAUCUGAUAGCGUGCGGCCCGGACGACUGCUCCGAGCUCUGGCUGUGGAACGUGCAGACAGGGGAACUGAGAACCAAAAUGAGCCAGUCCCAUGAGGACAGCUUGACCAGCGUGGCCUGGAAUCCAGACGGCAAGCGUUUCGUUACCGGAGGUCAGAGAGGCCAGUUCUACCAGUGUGAUCUGGACGGAAACCUGCUGGACUCCUGGGAGGGUGUUCGUGUUCAGUGUCUGUGGUGUCUGAAUGACGGCAGGACAGUGCUGGCCUCUGAUACACACCAGCGCAUCCGUGGAUAUAACUUUGAAGAUCUGACCGACAGGAACAUAGUUCAAGAGGACCAUCCAAUAAUGUCCUUUACCGUGUCAAAGAACGGGAGAUUAGCUCUGUUAAAUGUCGCAACUCAGGGAGUUCAUCUGUGGGACCUGCAGGACCGGGUGUUAGUCAGGAAGUACCAGGGUGUGACUCAGGGCUUCUACACCAUCCACUCCUGUUUUGGCGGCUACAACGAAGACUUUAUCGCCAGUGGCAGUGAAGACCACAAAGUUUACAUCUGGCACAAGCGCAGCGAGCUGCCCAUAGCCGAGCUGACGGGUCACACGCGCACGGUCAACUGCGUGAGCUGGAACCCCGCGCUGCCGGGCCUCAUGGCCAGCGCCUCGGAUGACGGCACCGUGAGGGUCUGGGGUCCCGCACCCUUUCUGGACUCCCAGGAGACCGAGGGGCUCACCGAAUGCUAUAGCAUGGACAGUUGAUGUUGACUCUGGAGCAGAUGUCCACUUUGGAAAAUAUACAGUGAGACACACUAUAGACUUUGUGAAUGAGAAAUGAAGUAAAUCUAACGGCAGAUGGAUGUUUUUUCCUGGCGGUUUCACAUCCCCACCCGCAACGCUGGGGACACAUGAAGCUGGCGGCUGCCCUUCACCAUCUGACUUCACAUCCGUGUGGCGGCAGCAAGUGCACACGCUACACGCCUCGCCGAGGACACGCCCCUCCUCGGCUCAAGCUCCUCCCCCUCUUCCCUACACUGCAUCCUGAGUGGACGACUGCCUCCUGAAGCCACACCCACCCCCACACACGGACAAACAUGACUCAGAUCAUUAUUUAUUACGACUUUAAUUUAUUAUUGUGAAUGAAUCAAGGCCUCAGGCUUGCUUUGUGUUCUGUACAAUAUUCACUCAGCGAGGGGACAAAAAAAAUGUGCAGGCUCUCGCACAUGUCGGAGAGAGAACAAAUCAUAUCUUUAUUUUUCAGCAUGAACUUCUUUUAGCCACCUCGUAUGCUUGAAAGUAAGUGUCUUCACCAGCAGAGAUAUAAGAUAUUGUUUUCGUUUCCCUCACAACUAUUUUAAAUGACUGAAUUUACAGGCAUUUUUUAACAGAUAUUCAUUUUGAUUCAAAAAGUCCAAUCAUGACCUCACUAUUUUUCAUUGCUUAUGGUACUUUAUUCUGAGAGCGGGAAGUGAUGGAUGAUUAUUCUUUAUUCUUGAAAGAUUUAUGAGCAGGGUGAAGACAGGCUAAGCUAUGCUUACUAAGAUUCACAGCAUGCUAAUGACACCAAUGAGCCGACGUCACGUUCCACAUGUAAAUACGGGCCUUCAGCGUGCGUACUUUGCCUUCGUUAGGUGUUCGUGCUGGGCUUGAGGUCAUUUUUACAGUGAAUGUUCACGCUCUUGGUGUGAGGCGAGUGAUUUUGUCACGGGAAGUACGUCAGAACGGACUCCCAGAUGUUUCGGAGUUCAGUUUCCAUCAUACUGUUUCUCCUAUUUGGUCUUGUUU